AUAUAUAGAUUAGUUACUUUGGUUGGUGAAACUGCUUGGCAAUUUUAUGGAGACUGUUGUUAGCUACUUUAAAAAAUGUACAGGAAGUCAGCUCCAUCCUGUUAAAGAAGCUGAUUGCUGCAGGAAUUGGGGAUCGGCCUGUUGUGUUUGUUACUCAUAGGUUUUCAUUGGAUUUCAUUUCUUUUUCUGUUUUUUUUAUGUCAACAUAUUUUAUGCAUUUCAUGAUCUAUGACCUUUCUCAUAGCAUGAUGUCAAGCAUUGUUAGUCUCUUUGGGUGGCUACUAUAUUGAAUUUUUUCUUUUGUAUUUGAUUAAAUAGAAUUUUCUUAGAUAUGCCUUCUCAGAUACAUUUUCGAGGAAUAUGGGUGUCCAAUCUAUCAUAUAUCUUAUCAAACUCAGAUGUACUCUCUUAUUCUUAUAUUGCCUUUUGGGUUGAUGUGAGUGCUUUCGUAUUAGAGGCUCUGCUAGUCCCACGUGCACCUUUGCAUCUUGGCAAGCGUGUGGGACAUUGGAGCACCGUGUUAGCCUGUUAGGUGGCCCCCACUUGAAGAUGACCAUAUGCAAAAUGUGGUUGGUUGACUUAUUAGGCCGACCACCUCGUGUAUGGACAAUUUAACAAACUUGCCAUAAGUCCAAAUAUGCACGUGGGCCACCUGAUCAAUGGACUGGACUAAUACUUUCUUAUGGCCAUCUGACAUGCGGGCCACCAUAUGCACUGCUCAAAUGUUCCACAUACUGAUCAGGUUGGCAGGUGUACUACUUGUAAAGGCAUGUGUUUGUGUCUUGCACAUUACUUUCUUAUUGUUUUUAGCACAGAUCUACUAUUGUGGGCCUCUCUCUCAUUUGAUGAUUGCAAUCUAUACCAUGUGCAAUUCAAAUGGUAGUGCGCUAUUACAGAAUGUGUUGCAUGAGGUUCCUAGAACUACGGUGACCUUUUGUCCAAGGCAGGUGCAAGCUAGUCUUUCUGCACUUGAAGAUGCAAUGGAGGCAGGAUAUGAAGAUUUCAAGUUUCUUGAAGUAGUUCGACUUGAAGGACAUGCCAUCACCCAAAAAGAAGUUGUUCUGUCAAGAGAUAUCCAUCUCCUUUAGGUAUUUGCUACUUCUUUUUCAACUGAAUUGAACUAUGGUUUGUGCUAGUUUUUCUUUUACCUUUUUUUUUAAAAAAAAAAAAUGCUAGGAAGUGAUACAUCAGCUAGUCCCAAGCCCAGGUAAGGGAGGACUAAUGGCAAGCGUGUAGCUGCUAUGAACUGCAUAAGUGGAGAUGCUUCUCCAGAUUGUCAUUGUAUACUGAAACUCCAUAUAUCUUGGGUGACAAACACCCUUUCCGAAAUGGACAGUCAAGUAAGUACUGUGUCACAUGCACUGGAGAGUACCUCUGCAAUAUUCUGAUUCAUGGUAAUGUCACUCUAUGUGUGUGUGGGAAAUGUUCCUAUAAGGUGGAGCUUGACACCACGAGUCAGUGGUGAAAAUAGGCCCGACUGGAACUUGUCAGCCCCUGAAAUGGGUGAGUCAUGACUUAUUCAUCGAUGGAAUGAGUUGGUCUGAGUCGGCCUGUCAAAGACCAUGCUUGUCUUAGAGUAGAAAAAUGCACUAACAAAGAUUUGAGUUUUAUGAUAUCUCACCAAUUUAUUGUUUUGACAGGCUUAUAAUCCUUUGCUGGAUAUUCACAUUUCUUGAAUUUUUUUUCUUUCUUUUCUUUUUGGUACUAAGAGAAUAAA